CUUCGUUAAGCGUCUUGGUCUUAUGCUGGUACAUUAAAACAAGAAUUUGCAUUACCAUUAGACAUUUUAUUUUAAGUUUUGCGUGAAUGUGUAGGCUGAUGGCUUACAGAUAGCAAGGAGGCUAACGCAGUACUGAGUCGCCUCUCGCCGUAUUUCCUUCUGUUUUGCAAUCCUGUCUUUAGUUAAGAAUGAAGAUCAUCUGGGUGUGACCUCGCCCUACCACCACCAGCCUUGCUAGCACACACCCUGUUAUGUGCUCGGCUGUCAGUUCAUUCAUCUAAAGCUAAACAAUCAUACUACAACGACACACGUCACGGGUAGUUCGUGCAGUGUGAUCGCUCAGCAUGCUAAUAACUCAGUGUGUCAACAUUGUACAGAUCCUUUCUAUUGCCGACUGUAAAUCUUUAUACGUGCUUUCUUAAUUUGCAUAUUUCAUUAAGUGUACAUAUUAUGGAGAAGAAAACGUGAAAUGGAGGGUUAUAAUUCUCUGUGAGUCUCCCUCUGUUGCUGAGUGUAGCUUAGGCUUUUUUCCUUGCCAGUAUGUUGUCUGGAGUCCAGCCGUGUUUUCAGCUGUUGAGGAUCGGCUCAUCAGAUAUUGCUAACUGCAACGCCGGCGGUGUGUCAGACUCUGCCCGUGACCUGUACACAUUUCGCCCAGCGCUUCCCCAGUCAGUGUUCCGCUUGGGACGGGCGGCAGAGUUGUGCGAUGUCACCUUGGAGUCGACUACUGUGUCCCGCAUCCAUGCUGAACUGCAUGCUGAAAGACAGACUGAUGUGCCAGGAGAGGAGAGCUGGAAAGUCCAUGUGAAGGACCGGAGCAGUUAUGGUACAUGGGUGAAUGAUAUUCGAAUGCAGCAGGGUGUUUUGAUGGAGAUCUUUGAUGGUGAUACACUAAUCUUUGGCGGCCAAUCAGCGCAAGGGAGCCCAGAAUUUUAUUUCCUCUUCCAGAAGGUUCGGGUCCGUCCUGAGAACUUUAAUGCCAUAACAGUUCCAAAGGCUAGCUCAUUUUCCUCUGACAUUCAGAACCGCAUCAGAACCAGCCUGGAUUGUAAACCGGAUCCCAAUCUUGACAUUUCUAAACUGUCCAUCAACAGAGCCACGGUCAUCCUUAAUUCCAUUGGCAGUCUGAGCAAGAUGAAUGGCAGCUGCUGGACAUUUAAGAAGAUUGACAAAACCACUGACCUGAAUUCCACCAAACCUCCCACAUUUACAGCUUUGGUGCCACCCUCCACUCCACCACCUCUCUCUGCUGUUACUUUGGAGACCUCCUCGAAGUCUGUUCCACCAUCGUCUAAGAGUCGACGCAAGUCAGCCCACACAGUGCUCUUGGAAGAUGAUAGUUCAGAUGAUCCCGUCAGUCGUAGAAGUGGAUUGGAGGAUGCCAGGAAAGCCAGAGGGGGAAAGAGACGGCGUCUUUACAAGUCAGAAUCGGAGGUAUUCCAGCAUCCGUUGUCCAAAACAGAACUGAGCACGAGGCCACAGUUUGAUGCCAGACCUGUGAUGUCCAAGCAAAACGGCAUCAUUUACAGUCAGUCGACCAGUGGGAAGCUUAAUCCUUCUUUUACUUUGAUCCAAAAGCGUGAUGUUGGAAACAUGGGCCACAACAAAGGCAUUAAUCUUGUGGCCUACCGACAGCAGAAGCCUUGCACACCAGCUCCACGGGGCAGGCGAAGGGCAAACAGCUCUCCAGUGUUCUCCCCCCAGGUGGUGAGAGGUGAAAAUUAUCACCUUACCUCUUCGUCAGUUAGACAGUCAAAAGUGGAAAGAGAGAGGGGCCAGGUUGCACAGUUCAGCGCCACCACUGGUAGACGACGUGGCAGACCUAGAAAACAUCCCCUGCCACGCCCUUCCCUGCCAUCCCCUUCAUCCUCGUCCUCGUCUUCUAGCUCUUCUUCAUCUUCAUCCUCCUCCUCCUCUUCAGAGGAUGAUGAUGACGAAGAUGAAGACAUGGGGGUUGUCCAGGGUGUAGAGCCAUGUGCGGCAACACGUUGUCGUCUACCACAGCAGGACACUGUGCAGUGGGUGCAGUGUGAUGACUGUGAUGCCUGGUACCACCUGGACUGCCUGCCUUAUGACCGUACCCGCGCCUCCCUCCUGCUUGACCCGAGCGCAGACUUCCAUUGUGGCUGCUGCUGAACCUCCGGCACUCUGUCAUAACUCAUGCAGGGCUCACUUGGUUCCCUUCUGGAUUGCGGCAUCAGGACAUCAGGAGCUCUGACAGAAGGCUUGCUACUACAAGAUACAUAAUUCAACAGUCAACCAAAAAAAGAACACAGAAUCCUUUUUGAAUCUCCGUUACCUUCACAGAUUUUCAAACUCAUAAGUCCCGGCAUAAUGAAAUGGGUGAAUGGGUUUUAUUGGUUAAUGUGUUGUAAAGGCACAAAUAGGGAAGUUUAUAUUCUUUUUUUGUACAAAAGUGUGUGCUGGACUAGCACUUCAGCUUUGCAGGUGGUUUGUGUUUCAAAACUGCACAACCCACACUUGCCCAAGAGUUCUCCUGGAAUUUGAAAGUGGGCACUACUUGGAACACAUUUUCAAGGAAUUUCUUGAAUUGCCCUGUUCUGGAAAAUAACCUGCCUUACAGUGAUAAUGACAAAAAAGAUCUUAAAUUUAUUGCAAGAAAAAUGACAAACUGUUUGUUCUCCAAGGCAUCAUUCUUAUUUUGCUAGAAGUGGUGAUUCUAAAUGUGUAGGUAUCCUGUUUGUAUUGAUUGAGAGAUGUGUUGUAUUACAUUUUAGGUUGAAAGCCAAGAAACAAUCUUGUGUAGAAAUGGACAUAUACUUGACAAACUUAAAUAUUCUUACAGUGGUAUCUUACAGUAAAAACAAAUGUGUUUAGUUAAUGUGGCUAAUUUUCAUAGCAAAAUUUUCAGCAUGGUUUCAACAUUGGUGGAUUUCCAGGUCCUGAAAAGUUGAGUACUUAACAGCAUUACAUCUACACAUAUGAACCAAUUAAGUUGCUGUUAAGAAGCAUUUGCCUUUGAAACUGUAUUAGGUUGAAUUAUGUUUGUCACUCGGUGGGUUCUAGUGCACUGGGAAGUUGUGUUGGUGAUUGCUGAACCAUGAGGAACUGUCACCUAGCUUAAACAACCCUAUACCUGAUUCAGUGCAAAGGCUACCUUUCUGCCUUCAACAGAGUCUUGCUAGCUGUUCUUGAGAUGUUCAUUCAUUGUUAAAGUUGCAGCUUGCUUUCAAGACAUCAACUGCUAAAAUAUAUAUGUGCAUUUACUGUGCUCUCUUUUAGUAAGCUGAGAGCUGGUUCUGGGGAUCUUCAUAGUGCUGUUUCAACAAAUCUCCACUGGGGUUUUAAGACAUACUCCAGUCAGUCACUUAAGACUAUAUACAGAAAGCAAAAAGGUUUUGAUAACUAAGUUAGAAGAAAGAAAUUUAAAAUGCCAAAAAGUCGUAUUAUGUGUAAAAGUCUGAGUUUGUGACUUCUUUACAUACCCAAAUGUACGUGGUAUUUUUUUUCCUUUGAUAUUAACAUAAGCUUUUGAGUUUGAGCUCUACUAACCUUGAGUAGAUGGCCAUUUAAUAGUAGAAUAUGUGGUAUGAACAUGAAUCAUCUAUCACUGUCUUCACUUUAACGCUUUAGC